ACAGACUCUCUCAGCUAAAAGGAACAUGGGGUCUGGUAACAUCAGUUCGGCUGCAAAUCCAUCAUCUGGACUGGAAGCAGCUUCCAGACACAUACAAACAGCCUCCAUUGUCAUCUACUGUGUGAUUUUUAUAGUUGGGACUCUGGGCAAUGCUCUGGUUAUCUACGUGACGGGCUUCAAAAUGAAGAAAACAGUGGAAACAGUUUGGUUUCUCAACUUGGCCAUAGCUGACUUCCUCUUCACGGCCUUCCUGAUUUUCGCAAUCAUUUCUCUCUCUCAGGGUCACCGAUGGCCUUUUGGAGAACUCAUGUGCCAGCUCAACACCUUUGUGACUGUAGUCAACAUGUUUGCCAGUAUCUUCACUCUGACAGCCAUGAGUUUGGAUCGUUAUUUGUCCAUCUGGGUGGUGGUGUGGGCACACAACAAGCGCACAGUCUGCAAAGCUCGGCUCAUAUGUGUUGGUAUCUGGGUCAUUGCUGUGGUCUGCAGCACUCCUUAUGCCACUUUUCGCACUCUUGUGGAGAAUCAUGGGGCACAUUACUGUGGUUAUCCUGUGACACCUGAACAGAAAUGGAGUCUCCACAUUUUUCGCUUUCUUAUGGGCUUUGUGAUCCCAUUCCUGGUCAUAUUUGUGUCUUAUGUGGCCAUAGGCAUACGUACAAUGCGCAUGUCAAGAACAAGGCGACAGAGAUCUCGCCGAAUCAUUUUCUCCAUCAUUUUUGCAUUCUUCAUCUGCUGGUUGCCCCUCCAUGUUUUCAAUUUUAUAGAAAUAAAGGCUGCGAAUAAUCCAGACCUCUGGACCAUUGUUAGAAUCAUGGGUCCUCUGACUGUGAGUCUGGCUUUUCUGAACAGCUGCCUGAACCCCAUCCUCUAUGUUUUCAUGUGUGAAGAAUUCAUGAAGAAGCUUCGGCAGUCCAUAUGCUUUGUACUUGAGAGUGCUCUGGCAGAGGACCAUGUGUCAUUUUUGUCCACUCGCUCCAUGUCAACCUUUUCCAGUGCCGCCCAAAAGUCAGACGCUGCUGCAACUUCAAAGAGGACUGACACGGCCAAUUUGAAAUCCUACACAGAAAGCAAAGUGAUCGACAUCGACCACUGAAUAAGAUUUCAACAUCCGGCAAUGUAAACUGAAAUACAUUAUUUUUUAAACGUUCUUGUCAAAUUGACUGAAACAGUGCACUCAUGCACAGCUAUUACAAAGUGUGUUAAUUUGUUACUUGAUGUUAAAGCAAAUUAUCCCACAGUAACAGUAACAGAAACUCUUUCUGGCUGUGCUUCAGCUUUAAGAUGCAAUUAUUGAUUUACUUAUUAAAACAAUCAAUGUGACAUAAAGUGUGAUUUUUUUAAGGCUUUUCGAGAUUACAUUUAAUAAGAUUUCUAUUUGUGUACAUUACUUUUUCAUCUUCAAUCUUGUUACACCAUAUUUAUUAGUAUCUGCAUCUAUUACAUUGGCGGGUCCAGGGCGAUAAGUUCGCCUUGUAAUCGGAAGGUUGCCGGUUCGAGCCCUGGCUCGGACAGUCUCGGUCGUUGUGUCCUUGGGCAAGACACUUCACCUACUGCCUACUGGUGUUGGCCAGAAGGGCCGAUGGCGCGA